UUAGCUGACGUGGGCGGGGGCCGCCGGCUCUACCGGCCGGCGUCAAACCUUUAGAAAUAGCAGCAGCCAGCGAGGCGCUCAGUGCGGCGCGCAAGCCAGAGACAGAGGGAAGGGAGGAAGGAAGGGGAACGGCCAGAGACAGAGGACAGAGUGAGAAAUCGGUUUGCGCAGCAGCCCGGAGGUCGGGCUGGGCCAGCCGGGGUUGCACGCAGCAGCUCCGAGGGUGCUGAGCUAAACCUCGUUGCACCAUGUGCAGCCCCUGAUUCCCAGGCCGCCGCUGGAGAAGCCCCGGGGGGCGGGAGGGAAAGAAGGAUUCAGGCUGAGCUCCGCCGUUGUGGCUCUGCCCUUCUCCCUCCUCCGUUUCAAGGCUUUCUCUGAAUUUCAGCUCUCGGUUGGAGGAAGGGCGUGCGGCGGCGGCCUUGGGACCCCGGCGCUCGACCAUUUUCGCCGCCCCCCUUUCUGCCAACGCAAGCGGGGGGAGAGGGACGGGGAGGGUGCGGCAGCCGAGAGCCCUCGGGAAAGAUGCCCAUGGAGCUGACCCAGAGCCGGAUCCAGAAGCUGUGGAUUCCUGUCGACCACCGGCCGGCUCUGCCCCGCAGAUCCUGCGGGCCGCAGCUGACCAAUUCCCCCACAGUGAUAGUUAUGGUUGGGCUGCCCGCCCGAGGAAAGACUUACAUCUCCAAGAAGCUGACCCGCUACCUCAAUUGGAUUGGGGUCCCGACAAAAGUGUUCAACGUGGGAGAAUACCGCCGGGAAGCUGUCAGGCACUACAGCUCCUACAGUUUCUUCCGCCCUGACAACGAGGAGGCCAUGAAAGUCCGUAGGCAGUGUGCACUAGCUGCCUUGAGAGAUGUCAAACUAUAUCUGUCAGAGGAAGGCGGCCAGAUUGCGGUUUUUGAUGCUACCAACACUACAAGAGAGAGAAGAGAGUUGAUUGUCAACUUCUCCAAAGAAAAUGACUUCAAGGUGUUUUUCAUUGAAUCCGUGUGUGACGACCCCACCGUUGUGGCCACUAAUGUUAUGGAAGUUAAACUCUCUAGCCCAGAUUAUCGAGGCUGCAACUCCACAGAUGCCAUGGACGACUUCAUGAAGAGAAUCAAUUGCUACCAAGCCAGCUACCAACCCCUGGACCCAGAUAACCAUGAUCGGGAGCUGUCUCUGAUCAAGGUAAUCGACGUCGGUCGGCGGUUCCUGGUGAACCGGGUCCAGGAUCACAUCCAGAGCAGAAUCGUCUACUACCUGAUGAACAUCCACGUCCAACCCCGCACCAUCUACCUGUGUCGUCAUGGGGAGAGUGAGUCCAACCUCAAGGGGCUGAUCGGUGGGGACCUGGGCCUCUCCAGUCGGGGCAAGAAGUUUGCCACUGCCCUGAGCAAGUUCGUGGAGGAACAGAACUUGAAGGACCUUAAGGUGUGGACUAGUCAGCUGAAAAGGACCAUCCAGACGGCUGAAUCCCUCAAGCUGCCCUAUGAGCAGUGGAAGGCUCUCAAUGAGAUCGAUGCGGGUGUGUGCGAAGAAAUGACUUACGACGAAAUAAAGGAGAAAUAUCCGGAGGAGUUUGCUCUGCGUGAUCAAGACAAGUACUAUUACCGAUAUCCGUCAGGGGAGUCCUACCAGGACCUGGUUCAACGCCUGGAGCCAGUCAUCAUGGAGUUGGAGAGGCAGGAGAACGUCUUGGUCAUCUGCCACCAGGCGGUCAUGCGCUGCCUCCUUGCUUACUUCCUGGACAAGAGUGCAGAUGAGAUGCCUUACCUGAAGUGCCCCCUCCACACAGUGCUGAAGCUGACCCCUGUCGCCUAUGGCUGUCGUGUGGAAUCCAUCUGUUUGAACGUGGAAGCUGUGAACACGCACCGUGAGAGGACUGAGGAAGCAAAGAAGGGACCUAAUCCGCUCAUGAGACGCAAUAGUGUUACCCCGCUAGCCAGCCCCGAGCCCACCAAAAAGCCUCGCAUCAACAGCUUUGAGGAGCAUAUGGCUUCCACCUCUGCCGCCCUGCCCAGCUGCCUGCCCCAGGAGGUGCCCACCCAGCUGGCCGGACAAAACAUGAAUGACUCCCAGAAGCCGUCGUGAUUUCCUCAGGGGCACCGAAGCAAGCAAAACCUGUACCAUUCCAUUUCCAUUUCUGAAGCUUGGCUCACGCUCCUCCUCCCAACCUGAGGCCAGAACCCACCUAAACCCCAAGGCCGAAAUCCCAGCUGUUGCUUCCGUACCCCAAAAUGGAUUUAAUUCCACCUGCAAAUGCUGUUCCACCUGCAAAAUCUUGGGUUGGGGUUGGGGGGAAGGGUUUGCACAAAGAGUGCUUACCAGGUGGUAGAAAUCAAAUCUUCCAAUCACCCUUCUGGAGAGGCUUCAGAGCCUAGAGGGCAGAGUUCACUUC